AUGAUCGGAGACUUAGGUCUGGAAAGACGUACCAAGCCGCGCGAAGCCGCACCGUAUUCGACAAUGGAUCCUGAAGCGCCAAGGGUGGUUACAAAUGAAGAGAGAAGGGUUUUGGUUGGUGCUUGGUAUAUGGGCUCAAACGCUGCUCUCUCUUUCAAUAAAUUGGACUCACCAAGAUACACGAAGCAUCAUGAUCAGUGUCUUAACGAGCUCAAAGAAGCUGCGGAAUAUGAGACAGAUGAACUUCUUAUACAGCUAGUUCGUAUUCAGCACCUCACCGAGAGGAUUUUUCAGUUCAACCACCGAGACCAAUAUGUAUUUGACUCGAUUGGACUAGCAUUGCCAGAGACAACAGCUGCUGCGCAUAUCUCAGCCUUCCAGGUAGGAUUGGAUCAACUUGAGGAUUCACUACCUAAGAAGCUUAAAACCAACUACUUAUUAUUGAGCCACUAUAGUACUGCACGGUUAAGACUGUUUGAUCCGCUGCUGAGCGAUAUUAAACUGUCAAGUAUUACAAGUCCCCCUUCCGUCCCUGCAUCGCUUUUGGAUGCGGAGGCAUUCCAUCGCUACCACGAUGCCAUGUCUGCUCUUAGAUCAUGGGUGAAUAAUUGGCUCGCCAUACCCGUUUGCUACUAUUUUUAUAUGCCGCAGCCCGGUUAUGGCCAGCUAAUGUAUGCAGUCACUAUGCUUGCUCGCCAGGCGAGGUUGUCGCUGCUUGCCAAUGCUCAGUUUAACCGUGUCAGCUAUAUUUCCUCUCACGUGUCUGCAGACACUGCCCAACGUGUUACCAAGAAUGUUGACGCCGAGGCAACUGAGAAUUUGGUGCUUAAUGCUCUACAGACCUUUGCUACCAGAUUCGAGGCUGCUAAAGAGGAGAUCGGUACCGCAUAUGGACAGGAAUGGGACAAUAACCUUUUGAACCUGAUCGCAAAGACGCUCAGAGUCAAGAAGGCUCGCAUCGAGAACUGGAGUAAAGUUCUCUUGGCGAAAACUACUGAUGGUUGUAGCGGCGACGGGGUUACGCCGGGACAAGAAUGGCCAGCGUUUAGCUCUGCUGAGGGCCAAGAGAGCAGCGCCGACGCCAGGGAUGCUGCAGAACGGCUUUUUGGGCAGCUCGAUAGGUCAUUGCUAGAUGAUAAUUAUCAGGAGAGCUGGCUGUGGGGCAGCGACCCUUUAGGACUCUUGUGCACUGACCAAGACAAUAUCUUUGAAGAAGCCGUUAGAACCGGUAACACUUCUUUACAUAACAAUGGCUUCGAUUACCAGUGA